AUGGAAAUCCUGCACAUAUUGGAGAGUGAGAACUCCAAUGCUUGUAGAGGAAGCAAACUCCUAUCGAAUUACAUGAUAUAUCUCUUCGCUCUGCAUCCUUACAUGUUGUCCCUCACCAUUAUCGACGUCACGCUGAAGUACGCUUGUUGCAUACUGAGGCCUUUCUUGAGGUACCGAGACUAUGAAGAAGAAAUUAGCACACUGUCGUCGCCGGAUGGAGAUGUCCCACACCCCGUCAAACCAAGCACGGUUGGAAGAGAUGCUAAAACUCUAAGCACUACUUGGCGGUAUCACAUGGAACCGUCGGUUCCGGUUCCCGGUUCCUAUAGGAACCGAACCGGAACCGGACCCGGAACCGGAACCGACCCUCUCUCUCCUGCUAAAAACCCUAACUCUCUGAGUUUCUUCCCAAAUUUCCCCUCGCUCGGUUACUCUUCCAUUCCGCUCUCUCUCCCACUCCCCACACCCACGACUCGACGAGACCCUCUCGCCUCUCCUCGCUCCGUUCGGCGUCUGCCUCGGCUCUUCCUCUGUCUUCAUCAACCGCGGUCUGGCUCGUCCGCGACGGAGGUGGGCUUCGCUUCACGGCUUCAAGCAACAUCGUUUGUCUUCGUCUUCGUUCAGGCUCACACGCCGCCGCACGCGCACCCUCUUGAGCUCGCUGUCUCGGCUCUUCCUCCUCUCGUCUCUCCGCAAGAUCGGCGUCGCUUCUCGCCGGACGUGGUUCCUCUCCGAGCAAGAGAGAAGAUAUUGGAUAAACAGCUACACAGUUUGCUGGAGCAAUUGGUAGCAAAGCAAGCCCAAGCAGAAGCCUUGGUGAGUGAAGUUCAUCAGAAAGAAAAGGAACUAGAGGGGUUGAGUGGGCUGUGGAAGAGGCUGGAGAGUAAUUCUUUGGAGGUGAAUGCUACGAGAAACCGGUUUGGAAGAAGCAUAUUUGACAAGGUUCUGCUUCUUCAGAUUACAUAGUUGACGUGCAACACAAACCCCUCUUUACCAUUGGCCGAUGGGACAGCCUGCAGAGGCCAGCUCUGCUGAGGUUGGGUUUUGUGCUUUAUAUUUUAGCUUUGCAGAUCCUAGUCUUCCUCAAGAUUUCCUUUUAAGAGAGUUUUCUGGUUUCCUGCGGAAUCAGGUCUGAUACUGUCCGUGACUCACCAACUGAUUCUUUAAGAGUUGCUAGAGAUAACGGGCUUGGGAAUGCUGAUGUUGGCGUUGGAGGAUUUUCCGACAGUAAGGUUACCCUAUCUUUCCCCUUCAAUUGGUAUUGGGCAAUUAUAGUUUAGUUCUAUUCAGGCAUUUGUAAACUUGGCAUUAUAUCCCCUGAAUAUCACAUCAGGGCAUUGUGUAUGUAUCAUUCAGAUGAUCUACUAUUGCGUUUAUUUUCGUUUUGUUUAAUUCAAAACAAAAUUAAAAAAAAAAAAACCUAUUGGAACCUGGAACCGACCCUGGAAC